AUGGAGCUCGACUCAAAGCAGGUGGUGAGACUUUACACCACGCGGCUCGUCAAUUCACUAGUUCCCUCUGAGUUUGGUCAUGAGUAUACACACAGUGUAACAAAUGAGCUUUUAAAUCAUUUCUUGAAGGGGAAAAACAACAAAACAAGCACUCACGACUUCAAUUUGAUCUUGAAUGAAUACAAGAAGAUAUUUAUCAGCCACAGCAAGAACAACGAGUGGGUAAAGUUUAACAGUGUGAUAAGUAUGUUGACGCAACUUAAAACGGUUGAUCAAGUCAAGAGUUAUUUGGUAUUUUUUGGGACUUUAAAGGGUAUUAACUUUGCCAGUACAGAUACGCCUGCUGGACUUCGAAGUUCUCCUCGAAUGUCAUCUUCAAGUUCCAAUUUCAACGUGAAUCCUCGUUCAAUGCAAAUGAGACUUGAAUCUUCGCCAUAUAAAAAGAGUGGUGCCUUGGUGAUGGAGGAAAUCAUCAGACCAUACUAUGAGACGUUGGAUGAGCUGCUAAUAAUCCAGUAUUUAUCGUACACGCUAAUGGGUAUAGACUCCAAGAUCUUGGCCUUUAUUGAAGAUGGAGAUCAUAUCAAAGUUCAGAUCCCCCAGGAUAUAAACAACAGCUAUUCCUUGCUUUUGGGAAAAAUCAUAGAGCCUGCCUUAAUUUACAUCAAGCUAAAGAAGGUGUUAUCUCAAGCAUUUGGAUCCGGGUUGACUCCAAUCAAAACAUCUUUCUUGUCUCUAAUAGAGAUGGAACUUAACAAUUACUCGAUGUUCAUUAACGGGUUGUUCAAAGAAAAUCAUGGCUCUUUGAUAAAAAUCUUCAAUAAGUUAUCUCCGACUAUUUUAAGAUUAAGAAUAUUCUACUCCUUGACGAACAAAUUGAAUCUCAGUGGCUUUGAGUUUUUACAGUCCACAUACGAAUUAACGAAAUUUGGUGACACUACUAUUAAAAGCUUAAGUGAUGAAAUCUUCAGCUUUAUUUCGACUGAAUAUUAUGAAAUUCUUGAAAACUGGAUCAUAAGAGGUGAGCUCAUGGAUACCAACAAUGAGUUCUUCAUUGAGUUUGAUAGUGAGGCCGAUAAUAUUCAAGAUAUCAUUGUGUUUCAACCUAGAAAGGUUCCUAACUUUUUUGUCAUCAUCAACAAGAACAUUGGGUUUAAGAUUUUCCAAAUCGGAAAGAUACUAAUCUUCUUGAGCAAAUACUGCAAAGAGCUAAAAUGGGUGAACGACUACACUCUCAAAUACUCUAAGUUUGUGUAUGAUGAUAAUUCUGGGUUGAAGUCCAUGAAAAUCAACACAAUCAACAGCUUGAUCAACCAACAAUACGAUGAAUUGGUGAACUACAUGACCUACAUUCUCCACGGAAAAUAUGAAAUGUUAUCCCACAUAAAUAACUUCAAGAAAUUUCUCCUUAUGUCCUCGGGGGAUUUCAUGGAUUCUUUGAUUUUAAAAGGAUAUGAUCUCUUUAAUGAGCCUUCAAAUCAACUUACAUCCACUCAAUUAUCCAAAAUUCUUGUUGAGUCAGUGAACUUUUCCAGCAUCAAGAACUAUAAUAUGGAUUUCAAGAAUCGACUAGAUGCUAGGAUCUUAAGUUUGAGUCAUGGAAAUAUCGGAUGGCAAGUGUUCACUAUCGAAUACAAAAUUGAGGACUUGCCGAUUAACUCAUUACUCAACUACAAAGAUUCGAGUAUUGAGUAUUUGAAGAUGUUCAACUUUUUAUGGAAACUCAAGCAGUUCAGUUACAUGCUCAAUAUGAGCUUCAUAGAGAGCAGCAAUUUGAAACGGAAUGACUUGAAAGAGUUUUUUAAGAAGUACAACCAAAUACGGAAAAUUCCAAGUGGACAAGUCAAGAGUCUCAAGGAUCUAAAAAUCAAAUUCAUCGUCAGAGCCUUCAAGGUGAUCAGCGUUAUUAGAUUUAAGAUCAGUAAUUUUGUGAAUGUUACCCUCGACUAUUUGUUCAAUGAAAUCGAAAAGAACUAUGUGAAGUUCACCAAAGCGUUCUACAAUAAAAACAGCCUCAACAGCACCAUGAGUAUCAACCCGAGAUUCAAAGCACUUAUUCCCAAUGCAGAUCUGGCAUCCUUGCCAGGGACUCAUUUGAUUCAAAGCAACCUUGACCAAUUGAACUUUGAAGAUAUUAUUAACCUCAAUUCAAGCUACACCAAACAGUUCAACUUUAAGAUUCUUGACACAAAAAUUGCUGGGAAAUCAGGAGAAGCAUAUAUUGACCAAAUAUAUGCUGUUCUUGAGACCGUAUACAAAUUCAUUAACAGCAAUCAAGAGUUCUUUUUUCUUUUGGUCGAGUAUGUUACUUUGCUUAAUAUCGACCAGAAUUACAAUAUGACCGAAAUCGACAGUGACUUGGAAUUCUCUGAAGGAAACCUCAAGAACAUCAUCGAUAAAAUUUACUUGGAUAUUUAUCAAGAAUUCAAAAGUGGUGUUGAGGCUCUCGUCAAGGAUUUGCGCAGUGAUUUGGACUUAAAGGAAUUGGCCAAGUUGUUUUAGGGUCUUCGGACUUUAAAAAUAAUAAAAGCAUGUGGUGACAAUCCUAAAAAAUCAUGCCCCACAAAAUGGACCGCGCACUACCUGAGCUCUCUGGGCACUUGAAGAAAAGGUCGUAAGACAAGAAGCUACAUGCUACUAAUAAUGAUAUAAUGUAUUAUAGUUAAUGAUAGAAGAAGCAUUAAA